GGUGUUGAUGGGCCUUGGUCGUCGUUUGAGUUGCGCGUAGGAACUCCAGCUCAGAACCUUCGCAUAUUGCCUGGCACUUCAUCGACUCAAACUCUAGUUGUCAUACAAGAGGGCUGUCAGAUCAUCAAAGUCAACGAUUGCGCCAACAGUAGAGGAGAACUAUUUAACACGACGGCUUCCCACACUUGGAAAGAGAUUGGCUUAUUCGAGCUGGGCUUUGAGAAUUCCCUGGGCUUCACAGACAAUGGUGAAUUUGGAUAUGACACCGUUGGGCUCGGGUAUCUUGGCAGUGGUGGCCCUGUUGUCAACCACUCCAUCAUUGCUGGGAUUGCAGGCACCGAGUUUUAUCUGGGAGUGCUUGCGUUGAACCCGCGACCUACGAAUUUCACGACUCAAAAUGAGCCGCAGCAAAGUUUCAUGCAGCUUCUCAAGAACUCAUCAGCCAUUCCCAGUCUAUCGUACAGCUAUAACGCGGGAGCACCAUAUCGGCUGAACAAGGCGCUAGGCAGCUUGAUCUUGGGUGGUUUCGAUACAUCUGCGUAUCAGGAUACGAAUUCUUCGUACAAGUUCUUCAGCGAUCAGUCGCGUGACUUAUCAAUUGGCAUCCAAUCCAUUUCCACGAAUGCCAGCGCGGAUAAUACGGUACUUCAGUCUGACCUGAUAUCCAUGUUUAUCGAUUCUUCCGUGGCCGAAAUCUACCUUCCUCUGGACGCCUGCCAUGCUUUUGAGAAAGCCUUUGGUCUAACUUACAACACCACCCUGGAAAUGUACUUGGUUAGCGACUCACUACACAGCAAGCUCACUUCCGAAAACCCAGCUGUCACUUUUGAGAUAACAACUCCGAUUACUGGCGGCUCGUCCUUUAAUAUCACAUUUCCCUAUGCGAGCUUCGACCUGACGGCAAACCCUCCACUGUUGAAGUCUUCGUCUCGAUACUUUCCUCUCAAGAGGGCAGCCAACGACACUCAAUAUGUUUUAGGGCGAACAUUUCUGCAAGAAGCGUACCUGAUUGUGGAUUACGAACGAGGUAACUUUUCGGUUCAUCCUCGUGUGUGGAACGCCAGCGCCGAAUCGAACAUAGUCACCAUAUUCCCGCCUGGCGUCAAACAGAGUGAACCCAGUCCGAGCCCUAGCCAUAGUAGCAGUAUCAGCGGCGGUGCUAUCGCGGGUAUUGUUAUCGGUGUUUGUGUCUUUAUAGCUGCCGCGGCCGCUGCCCUCUUACGAUUCUUGGUGCUCCCUCGCCGCAAAAGGGCA